UGCAAGGGUUGAGAAAUUAGGUGUGCGACUGUCUUUAACAAUGACGGGUUAUGCCCAUUUCAGUUUUUUAAUUUAGUACGUUUGUUAGUUUAUCGCCACUUACACACGGUGGUCACUAAGCACCCAGGCACCACAGCGAUCUUGUUUGCGACCAAGCCCCGUCUUCUGGGUGAUGCUGAGACUUCCGGAGCCCUGUGUGCCUGUGCAGCGAGGCCCUCGACGACGCUGAGCCAGGCUGGGGUUCUGCCCUCCCGCUGCUGCACCCUGAGCUCUCUGAAGAGCCACUCGGUCUCCGUGUAUGUCUCGUUUAUAAAUCGGAGUUGGACUCGAUAUUUGAAGUUUGCGACAGCUAAAUUCCAAAAUUUAAUGGAGUUACAGGAUUUAAAAGGUGGAAGAUUGAAAGAAAUGUGUGUGAUGUGGUGAUAGAAUUCCUCACAACCCACACCACAGCUCUUCCUGAUUCAGCAUGUUAAGAAACAAGGACCAUUCAUCACAAAAAGAUAACUUAGCAGUCACUGCAGUUGCUUUACAAGAUCACAUUUUACAUGAUCUUCAUCUUGGGAAUCUUUCAGUAGCUGGUCAUCCUAAGACAAAGGUACAAAAGAAAGAGAACAGAUCAGAGUCUCUAAAAAGAGAUGCAAAAGCACUGAUAGAUACUGGACUUAAAAAAACUCCAAAGGACUCCAAAGUAGAAGAUCCAGAAAAGGAAUAUGUCCUUGAUCCCACACCACCACCAUUAACUUUAGCACAGAAGCUGGGCCUCUUUGCACCUCCCCCACCACCACUGUCACCAGCUGAGUGGGAGAGAGUGAAGCAGAGGUCCGUCCUGCAUGGUGACUCCGAGCUGCCGUGCCCCAUAUGCAAAGAAGACUUCAAGCUCCACCCACAGCAACAGCACAGCUUCCUUCCCAGCACGCAGCAGGCCCUGCUGGCAGGUGCCCCUGACCGGACCCUCUGUCUCCCGCAGGUGCUGCUGUCUUGCUCCCACGUGUUCCACAGGGCAUGCCUUCAGGCUUUUGAAAAGUUCACAAAUAAGAAAACCUGUCCUCUCUGUAGAAGGAACCAGUAUCAAACCCGGGUGAUCCAUGAUGGAGCCCGCCUGUUCAGAGCCAAGUGUGCCGCCAGAAUCCAAGCCUGCUGGAGAGGAUACAUUGUUAGAAAGUGGUACCAAGGCCUGAGAAAAGCUAUACCUCCCACUGAUGCCAAGCUACGGAAGAAAUUCUUUGAAGAAAAGUUCCUAGAGAUCAGUCACUGCAUACUGUGUUCCUACAACACCAACGUAGAAGAACUCUUUGCAGAAAUUGACCACUGCCUGGCCAUAAAUCGAAGCAUUCGUCAGCAGUUGGAUGAAAAGUGUGGCCAUGAGCUCACAGACGAAGACUGGGAGAAAAUCCAAGUGCAGGCUGCUCACCGUGAGAUCUCCGAGUGCUCCAUCUGCCUGACCCCACUCUGGCUGCAGGGGAACAGCCGGCAUCCCAGAGCCACAGUCCUGCUGUCCUGUGCACAUCUGUUCCACCACACCUGUCUCCUGGCUUUGGAGGAGUUCUCGCAGGGAGACAGCUGUCCUCUCCACACCUGUCCUCUCUGCCGUGCCUGCUAUCAAAAGAAAAUCCUUGAGUGUUGAAUUUAUGCUCAGGAAAACUGGCAUAAUUCUGAGGGAAAAAGCUUACCUGAAUUUUGGAUGAACUGUGUGGGUUUGGAGUUAAGUCCCACCUGUGUUCUGUUCUCCAGAGAAACGUGUCUCAGCAAGUAUAUCGUAUAUAGGAAAUGGAACCAUAUUUUAAAAGCUGAAAACCAACCUAUCUAGUUUUAGUCAUUAGUCUAUGUGUAUAAAAAAACAAAAACAAG